GACAAAGAACACCCCUGCUUUCCUGAUUACAGAAGACAAUCCAGACACCAACUGAGAUGUGGCGAGAGCAAGAUUUUAUCUGGGCUGUUAUCCCACAGCUCAAAAAUGGAAUUGAGCAUUUCAAAACCGUUGCAACCAUUCUGCUUGCCUACGAUGAGUCCAAAAAAGAAGUGCUGCAGAAAGUCAUUGUUCAGGCCAAACAGAGCCUAGGACAGGCUGAAUCUGCUGCGUCCGGUCAGCUGUCACAGGUGGAUGCACUCACACAGAGUCUGACCGUCAGGAAAGGAGAGCUGGACCGUCAGCAGAUGAAUAAAGUGAAAGAACUGGAAAACCUGAAAAGUGAAAGCCAAUACAUAGCUGACUGCAUAGAGACAUUCUCUACAGCUUUAAAUAAUGCUCGGAGAGCCCGGGAUUCUGCUCAGGGAACUCUCAGACACCUUGAAAAUAAACAGAGGGAGUCUCAGGCUGUGCGGGAUGCUGGAAUCGGAAUAAUGUUCAUCCCCAUCAUCGGAACCAUCAUUGGUGCUGUCAUGGUUGGCGUCUCUCAGCAGGAACUGGAUGAUGCGCAGUGGUCCCUGAGGACAGCAGAGCAAGAGUUACAGAAGAGCGAGGCCUCAGCUCAGAAUUAUUACAGAAUGUUAGAGGAGAAAAAGAGGCAAAGGACGCAAAAGAAGGAUGAGAUUGCACAGUGCAGCAGGACCAUAGAGCAGAUUAAGCAGAGCCUAGCGCAGGUUUAUACACAGCGCACCAACAUCGCCCGAGCGCAGGAGAAACUCAGGAACGCCGUCAACAUGUUAGGCACCCUGGCUGGAAGAGCGAGCGUGGCUAAGACCCUCACGCAGCGAGUCAUCUGCCUGCCCCCUGUGGUGAAUACACUGGGAGAGAUCAUUGAACUCAUGCUUCAAAUGCAGGGAGAUAGAAGAUAUGAGCUCCUCAGUGAUCCAAAAGUCAAAGCUGUCAUCCUUAGCCUGCAGGAAAUCUAUAAAAAACUUUCAGCCAUUAAAGACCUGCAGACAUUAAAUGAAAUUCAGUUUUAUUGAUGGAGACCCAUGACACAUUCCCAUAGGAUACACACUCACUGAGCACUUUAUUAGGAACAUUUUUACUUUAUUACACCUUAUUCAUGUGAUCAUCUCAUCAGCCAAUCGUGUGGCAGCAGUGCAAGGCAUAAAAUCAUGCAGAUACAGGUCAGGAGCUUCAGUUAAUGUUCACAUCAACCAUCAGAAUAAGGGGAAAAAUAUAUGAUUGAAGUGACUUUGACCGUGGAAUGAUUGUUGGUGCCGGACAGGGUGGUUUGAGUCUCAGAAACUGCUGAUCUCCUGGGAUUUUCACACACAACAGUCUCCAGAGUUUGCAGAGAAUCAUGUGAAAAACAAAAACAAACAUCCAGUGAGCAGCAGUUCUGCAGAAAAGCCUUGUUAAUGAGAGGUCAGAAGAGAAAGGCCAGACUGGUCAAAGCUGACAGGAAUGUGAAAGUAACACAAUAACCACACAUUACAACAGUGGGUAUGCAGAAGAGCAUCUCUGAACACACAAAGCGUCAAACCUCUAAGUGGAUAGGCGACAGCAGAAGACUUAAUCUAAUCGAAGUCUAGAAAAUAAGCCCUAUAGAUACCUAAUAAAGUGCUCACUGAGUGUUUAUCAAAUGGUAGAAAUAUGUUGCCUACAUACAGUAAAUACAUUAUUCAAUAAUUUGCUUCACACACAAUGCAUGCACUUAAAUUAUGUUCCUGUGAUUAUCAAUGAUCGUUAUAUCAAUAUGUGAACUAGAUAUGGGCCAAAUGAUGUAUACAUUAAUGCUUUCUACAUUUUCUCAUUUGCAUGUGGCUAUGCUUAAGUUUUAAAAUGUAUUUUUGCAUUUUGCUUACUAAUAUGUAAUGGCAUGCAUCAUAAAGCAUUCUGGAUUGGGCUGUCUGAUAGAACUAAUGAGGAAAUCAUUUGUUUUAAAGUGUCAACAGUGUUUUCCAGAAUUAAUUUAAAUUGCUUCAACAUUUUGUGGUGUUCUCUUAUGCAAUAUUUAAAUUUGAUUGAAAAAGUUUCUCGAAAUAAAGUGCGACGGCUACUUUACAAGAA